UCCGGGGUAUUUGUUUUGAGAUUUUCUUAAGUCCAUUCUGGGAUCGAACCCAUGCAUGUUGACCACAGCGGGGCUCACGCUCAACGGUCUCAUAACCUGUAGGCUACUGGGGCAAAAGAGCUCAGUCACCACCAGCGCUGCUGGUAGAAGGGCCGAUCAACCCCCGGGACCCCCAACAAGAACAAGCACCAUCUUCGUCAACAGCCUUGGAAUCUCCCCGAAAUAUAUGGCCAAACAGCCCAAGAAGUCCCCCUAUUUCCCCCAGGAGCGCCGAAAUGCCGCUUCCUGCCUCCCGUUCCCUCCAAUAUCGGCCCAAUCUUUCGGCUUGAUCCAAGAGAAGCUCGCCCACGACCCGUUCCGGCUAUUGAUCUCAACGAUCUUCCUUAAUCGAACCCGGGGCGAAGUUGCGAUCCCGGUUCUAUACAGCGUCUUUGAGAGAUAUCCGACCGUCGCAGCCCUUGCAGAGGCGCAGGAAGAGGAUGUUGUCGAGAUGAUACGCUGUCUGGGAUUCCAGAAUGCCCGUGCGCGCAAAUGUAUUGCCCUUGCGAAGCUCUGGAUUGAUAACCCCCCAGCCAAAGGAAAACGGUAUAGGAAGCUACAUUAUCCCAACAAGGGCGACGGGCGUGAUAUCAAACCUAGAGAAUGUGUGGAAGACGGUGACGCACGGGUUGCCUGGGAAAUUGCCCAUCUUCCCGGCCUGGGCUCGUAUGCCAUUGAUAGCUGGAGGAUAUUUUGUCGUGAUGAGUUGAGGGGCCUGGCGAGUGACUGGAAGGGCACGGAGGCGUCUGAUGGAUUUGUGCCGGAGUGGAAAUCAGUGGUUCCCAAGGAUAAAGAGCUGCGUGGGUAUUUGACCUGGAUGUGGCUCAAGGAAGGGUGGGAAUGGGAAGUGGAGACGGGGCGUAGAAAACGGGCGAGCAAGAAGCUCCUCAGUGCUGCCAUGAAGGGAAGCAUUGCCGUUGAAACAAACGGCAGUUGGAUUCUUGAAUCUUCGAUGGCGGAAACGUCAAUAUAUUUUGAAAAAGCAAUUCAGGAUAAAUGA